AUGUCUACUUCCGGUGAUAAAGCCACCUCUAGCACCAAUAACCCUAACAACUCCUACGAGAUUACUCCACCAGCCACCGACUCUAUUUCGAGCUUAAGUUUUAGUCCAAAGGCCGAUAUACUUGUGGCAACUUCAUGGGAUUGUCAGGUGAGAUGUUGGGAAAUAACCCGUAGUGACGGCUCUAUAGCCAGUGAACCAAAGGUAUCAAUGUCUCAUGAUCAGCCGGUUUUGUGUUCUGCUUGGAAAGAUGAUGGAACCACAGUCUUUACCGGAGGAUGUGAUAAGCAGGCAAAAAUGUGGCCAUUGUUGUCUGGUGCUCAACCAUCUACUGUUGCUAUGCACGAUGCUCCUUUCAAUCAGAUAGCUUGGAUCCCUGGAAUGAAUCUCCUUGUUACUGGAAGCUGGGAUAAAACUUUGAAGUAA